GUAAAGAAGCUAUGUGAAUGGAUCACACAAAUUUUGCAACACGUUUAUAAAUAUUGUGUUGUUUUUAACGUUUAACGAACAUGGCUUGUUUCUUCAGAAGAACAAUAGCAGCAAAGCUGGGUCGCACGCUGCAGCAGUCUGAGGAUGCCUUCAUACCAGCUCUGUCAGCAGUUCCAGUUUUUAAGAAACAGCAGACUGCUGAUUUCAAACUAUCAAUCAGCCCAUUACGGAUCAGAGGGAUUUUACCAUCCAGUGGUGACAUACAGCUGCAGACUGAAGGCUUGGCCUCUCGGUUGGAGCAGGACAGUGUGGUGGAGGACAUAUCUGCUGGGCGUGGAAUGAUCAACUUUAAAGUGAAUCGCAAACUUCUUGUCCAGAAAAUGUUGGAGCCGUUUGGAAAGGACGAGGAUGAGAAGUUUGUGUUAAAUAGUGAACUUUUCAAUACUCUCAAGAGAGGAACAACAUUAGUUGAGUACAGCUCUCCAAAUAUAGCCAAAAAAUUCCAUGCUGGACACUUAAGAUCCACAGUUAUUGGUAACUUUAUUGCUAACCUAAAGCAGUGCCUUGGAAAUGACGUUAUUCGAAUGAACUACCUCGGAGACUGGGGUAUGCAGUUUGGUCUGCUGGGAGCUGGGUUUAGUAAAUUCGGAUGUCAGGAGAAGCUGAAACAGAAUCCCUUACAGCAUUUGUUUGAGGUCUAUGUUCAAGUAAACAAGGAGGCAGAGCACAAUGAGGAUAUGAUGCAGGCUGCCAGAGACUUCUUUAGACAGCUGGAACAGCAUGAGAGCGAGGCCGUGUCCUUAUGGCAACAGUUCAGAGAGAUCACAGUGGAUGAGUAUCAACAUGUUUACAAGCGGUUAGGGGUCCACUUUGAUAUUUACUCCGGGGAGUCCUUUCACCACCAUCAAGCCCAGGAGGUGGUGCAGCAGCUUCACAGUCGAGGCCUGUUGAAAACCUCUGAGUAUGUGACUGUGUGUGAUGGCAUUCAAUCAGUAGCUGGCAUGACACACUCUAAAUACAGGUACGCCUGGUUCUCUGUUUAUAAGCAGAGCCACUUGUGCUACUAUUACUGCUACCACUACUGUUGUUUCCUUGAACCUUUAUGGAUGCAUAUUUUUCAGUUUGCUGCAUCUGUGUUUGUUUUUCUUUUUAAGACCGACAAAAGUCAAGCGAAUCACUUCCACCAGUUGUUCCACAUCCUGCUCGCUAUGGGACAUUCUUGGGCUGACAGGUGUGAGCAUGUGCCCUUUGGCCUGGUGCUGGGUAUGAACACCCGGAGGGGUGAGGUGGUGUUUCUGGAGGACGUGCUGGACGAAGCUCGGGCCAGGAUGCUCCACAACAUGAACCAGUCAAAAACAACAAAGGAAAUGGAUAACCCAGAGGACACAGCAGAGAAAGUGGGAAUCAGUGCGCUAAUAGUGCAGGACUUCAGAGGUGCGCUGCAGUCAGACUAUAAGUUUGACUGGGACAGGAUGCUGCAGGCUCAGGGAGACACGGGAGUUUUCCUCCAGUACACACAUGCUCGACUCCGCAGUUUAAUACGGAGGAAUGAAGGUGUCGAGGCAGUUAUAUUUGAUCCAUCCCUCCUGCUUGAACAGACGAGUAUCGCGAUACUGCAGCACCUCCUUCGCUAUGACGAAGUGUUGUACCAGUCGGCCCAGGAUCUGCAGCCCAAACACCUGGUCAACUUUUUAUUGAAGCUCUGCCACCUGAUCGCCUCAGCACAUAGAGAGCUGCCGGUGAAAGGAAGCUCUCAGGAUGUUGCACAGGCAAGGUUACGACUGUUCAGCGGGGCCUGCUCUGUCCUGGCCAAUGGGAUGAGGAUCCUGGGCAUCACACCAGUUGAUAAAAUGUGAAACUUAACUGUAUUACAUCACUGUUAUUUUAACUGCUUUAGUUCAUCUUUACUAUAAAUACAUGCCUUUUACAUUUUCAAAAUAAAAUACCAUCGUCCUCAAUUCACAGGAGCUUUUUCUUGUCCUCUCGUCUCGGGUAGUUUCCACUCACACACAUUCAUCAAAGCCAGUUGGUCGUCAGUUGACAGCUGGAGAUUAGUCGAACACAAAAUGCAAAGGGAUGUAACUCGACUCCUAUAGUUCCAGGUAAGUAACUAGAUAUAAAGAGCAUACAUGGUUAGACCAGUCCAAUCAUGAAGUAUGUCGUACAUGUUAACUGCUCAUGUUGAGUAAAAGUAGUUGCCGUUGCUUUUUCCAUUAGGUUUCAAUGAAAGCUUUUAAAGCGACUUUCAAAACACAAUGCAACACUGUUGUGAUACAAAAGAUUCAAGACACUAAAGAGAUAUUAUAAACUUAUAAUCACAUAUGCAGUAUUUCAUUCUCCUUCAGAAUCAGCACUAUAUGAUACAGACAAUAACAUUGCACAGUGUAAAACAUUAAUUACCCCCAAAAACAACUACAUGAUAAGAAGUUGUGAUAUUUAUACGCCGCCUAGAACAUUUACGAACUUUAAACGGCUAGCUAUAAAGGCCAGUUUAAGAUCAAAUGUGGGUUUUCUUUUCUUCGUAUCAACUGAAAGAUUGCGUGUAUCUACAAUUGAAGUGGAUCAAAAGCUGUCGUCUAUAUGGUGACCUGAACACAGAGACGACUCAACCGAGUGUUCAUUUGGCUCCCAAGUGCAGGAGCUCUUUAUAACAGACCAGGUCCACCAGCGAGAGAGAGACUCUCGGAGGUCGGCGUCUCACACAGUGAUCAGUCUCUGUUUGGACUCCUCGUCUUUAUCUUUCGGGCUCAGCUUUAAUGUUUCUUGCUUCGGAAUUCCAUACAGGUAGAUGGAAACACACACCAGGAGUGCUCCGGAGGCAAAUGGGAUCGCUGCGCAAUAGGGAAAGAAUAGCAAAAUUAGGCAUUUAUUUAAUUUGAAAAUCAUAAGCCAUAACACCACGCCUCACCUGAUGAGCCAGAAUGACUCAGCAUACCAACAAUGUGGUCUUGAGAAACGUACUUAUCUUUAGUCCGAACAUGACGACAGACGCCACUGUUGAGAGAACGAUGGCGGCUGCAGCAGAGAAGCCUUUCAUGAUGUUGUCUGUGUACUUCACUACCACCGACGUGUAGAGACCACCCACACUGGCCAAGACUGGAAGCACAAAGAGCAGUGUCAGCUAAAAUACUGUGAAGAUAAGUGAAAUUAAUUAUUAAAAAAAGAAACCAUCCUCAGGUUUAGUCGUACUUACAUACUACAAAGCACACCAAGGGCGUAUAACCGAAGAAGAAACCUUUCUCCAGGAUCUUCUCACCAUCGUUUAUGUAAACACCAAACAGUGUGACCACAAUACCGGACAGGUACAUCUGGAUGUUUCUCACCCACAGAGACGUGUCUGAGCUCUUCAACACCUUCUCAAAGUACACACCUUAAAUCAUAAAGUAGACACACAACUGUUAAUACACGAAUAUUUUGCGACAGGUAUCUCAAAUAACGUUAAAAACAUGACGGAUCAGCAAUGCCAAUAAAAAUAAUCAAUUCACUUUAAGCAACUCCUAAUGAGAAAAGACAUCAUCCCUUUACUUGGCUGGUCAAUGCAGCGUUGUUUGGCUGGUCGGGUAUUUCUUUAUGGCAGCUAAACAAAUAUUUGACAAAAAGGUGAAUCCACCAUCUGUCAUUUUCACUGAAUCAUUUGCCAAAAUUACCUGCAAACCCUGAACAAAGGACAGCAAUAGCAAUGGCGAUGAACCCAAACAAAGGAUUUUGCUCAACCUGGAAGACAAAAAAAAAAAAAAAAACAUGGCAUGAGCCACCAGAGACUGUUAAUACCAUUUGCAUUUUGAUCCACGAUAGUGUAAGCCACAGGACAUAUAUUUAAGUGGAUAGUCGGGAUGUUUAUAACAUUUAAAUUUUAAUAUAUGCCACCCCCACCUGAACCUUAGUGGCCUCUCCAGGCUUCCAUUGGACAAGUGUUACGCCCGCGCAGAGCAUGAAGACAGAGAACCACUGCAUCCGGCCAAGAGAGCGGUUCAGCAUGAAGACUGUACACAAGGCUGUGCACGGGAUCUUCAGCUGAUAGGUCACCUACACAGAAUAAACACAAGUUAGCUCUAAAAACUAUUGGUUUUUUAAAAACCUAUUUAUAAAAGUUAGGUGAACACACAUACUGUGGGUAUUAUGGGAACUGCUGAGAAUAACCACUGCUACACUCCUUUCACCAUGAAUGUCACGCAUUUAAGGGAUCAAUAUUUCUAUAUCGGAAGUUUCGUUUAAUAAACAGUAAUUCUGCUAACUGAUCAGUUGGUUGAGUCAGUCAUCAAGCAAAAACAAACAUUUAAUAGGUUCAUUUUUUUUAAAGUCUUUGCUGCUUUCUUUUCUGUUUUAAUUAGAAUGUCUUGAGUUUUUGGACUAUUGGUUGAACAAGUAGAGAAGUUUAAAGAGGUUAGAAAUGUGUAAUAGACAUUAUUUCCCUUUUUUUUUUUUUACAUUUGGAAGACUUAAACAAGCGUUUAAUAAACAAAUGAGUCAAUAAUGAAUAUACGAGAUUUUAUUUGAUUAGACUAACUGCUAACUAAGUGACACUUGGUCAAAUAUGCAGCCAGUGGCAAGCAAGUGGCACUCGUUCGACACCCAUCAAGAAAAUGCCAAGCGGGUGGAGCCACAUUUUCUGAGAACACCCAUUGUUGUUAUCAGGAAAUGAUUUUGAUUAAACUAUAUUACGAACUGUAUUGCAUCAAACCAUCCACAGAUUAAUCAAAAACUUGAUUCUUGCUGUGUACAUGCCUUGCUGUGUAUUUGACAGAAUGAGUCAUACAAGU